AUGACCGAUAACAGUGGUAAUGACAACCUACAAUUUUUUCAAAAAUUAGAAGGAUUUCCAGAGGAAGAGGAGACGAGUUCAAAUACGAGUAAGUGAAUUUAUAUGAGUCGAUUUGUUUGUAAAAACUAAAUCUCUAUAGGUGGAUAUUUUUCGAGUUUUAUUGGUCAAAUAUUUCGAAGUGAUGGAACACCCUCGACACCAACAACACAGCAUCCUGAAUCAGUUGAACCUAAUAAUAUUCCAUCUUCAUCCGCGGCACCUGCUGAACCAAAGUCUCAGCUAGAACGGAAAGAAUCGCAAGGUAUGUAAUUUUUUAUUAUUUUUUAAAUAAAUCAUCUAUGUUUUUAGAAUCUAGAGGAUCUGACAAACAACGAUCGUUGGCUGAAAAAUUGAGUGGAUUGUUGAAAAGAGGACAACCGGAUUUGAAAAAUUAUAACGAUAGUAAUUUUAGUGAGUUAUAUUUUCCUAAUUUUGAAUUAAAACGCUUGAGAGAAAAAAACAAUUGUUUUCCAUAUAUUCUAUAAAUAAUAUCGUUUUUCACACAAAUAAAAAUGAUUGCUUGAUGUUUGAUAUUUUCAGAGCAAUAUUGGAUGCCUGAUUCAACCGGUCGAGAAUGUUAUCAAUGUGAAGAACGAUUCACAACAUUUCGACGAAGACAUCAUUGUCGACUUUGUGGUCAAAUAUUUUGCUCGAAAUGCUGUAAUAGUCAUAUUGAUGGAGCAUCUUUAGGAUAUAUGGGAGAACUUCGAUUAUGUGAUUAUUGUGCGAAAAAAGUUCAGCGACUAGCAAAAGAAGCUGAAAUUGAUGCUCAAAUUCGGAAAGAUUCACAUGUUCCAGUAUCAAGGAAAACUAGUAAUGAAUAUUUUCAGAAACAUAAAAACUCAGCAAAUGAAAAUGUUCGGACUAUUUCAAAUGGUAAGUUAUCUUCAUAUGUUUUCCAACUGAUUCAACACGUCUGUUCUCUAAUCUGAAUAAUUUAAAUGUCGAUGUUAAGGUGCAAUUUGGUCGUAUUGUAAUCCGGAUGCAACUCGAAAAUCAGUAAGUCCACCAACAAUCAGCCGAAGAGAAUCUUUAAUCCCAACAACCACCGGAGUUCCAACAAUUCUAUCAGUUGCUGAUCUUUGUGCAACAACAUCCACAGUUUUUCCAACAAAUGGAAGAGUGAGUUUUAUUUUUGAGAAACUUUUGUUAUUUCAUAGAACAUUUUAUAGAAUCACACAAAUUCAGUUGUGAGUGAAGAAGAGGAAUCAGGUCCAGAUUGGUUCAGAAGUAUGAAUCCUGGAAUGGAUGGUAUUAUAAAUAAUGAGGUGAGGUUCAUAAAUAAUUAUUUUUGUGUUUAAUGAAAUGAUUUUCAGGCUUCGGAUUCUGCUGAUGUUUUUGCUUAUGCUAAUUUGGCUGGUGGUGCAAUUGCAAAUGAAUUUGAGACUAUUAUGGAUGCUCGAGCAAAUGAUGUGACUAGGAAAAUAACGUUUCCAGUGAUGUGAGUUUUUUUUUAAUUCAAAGCAAAAGCUCAAAUCAUUUUUUUGAAAUAAAAGUAACUUUCCGUUUUUGCCGUUCAAAAUAUUUUGUUUUUCCUAGAUCUCCCGAAGAAUCAGUUGAUAACUCAUUCGAAAUGGAUCAACGAGAUAACCUCGAUGAUUUAUUCAAAAGGAACACUGAUCGAAUGUUGGAAGAAGUUUUGAAACGAGAAGGAAUAAAAAAUGAAGCAUGGAAAGAAAUUAUUCUGACAAAAGCAAAAGAUAUCGCAAAUCGAGUUAUUGUAAAUGUUCCUGAUGGUGAUUCUAUGAAUAUUGCUGAUUAUGUACACGUAAAACGACUUGAAAUUGAUUGUGAACCCUCUGCAGAAAUAAUUUGGGGAUCUGUUUGUUCAAAAAGUUUACUUUAUAAUGAUUCUGAACCAAAUGGAAAACCAUCAGCAGAAUCGAUAAUAAUUGUUGGCGGAUCGAUUGAAUAUGAAAGAGUGGCUAAUAAAUUGUCAUCUAUUGAACCAAUUAUUGUUCAAGAGGAAAAGUUUCUAGAAAAACAGGUAAAUUUGGUUUUAGAACGAAAAUAGUUGAAAUGGGGAUUUUUCAGAUUGAGAGAAUAUCGGCAAAACGAGCAUCAUUAGUACUAGUUGAAGGUGGUGUUUCGAGAUUGGCUGCUCAAUUACUUAUUCAGAAAAAUAUCAAAGUUGCGGUAAACAUCAAAACAAAUGCGUUACAACGGAUUGCAAGGACAACAAAUGCUGAUAUUUUAUCAAAUUCCGAUGCACAAUUGGUUGAUCAGAAGCUCGGAUUCUGUCCCGAAUUCAGUUUGAGAACUUAUGAAUUGAAAAAUGGGACAACAAAAAUGCUCAUGUGUUUUUCUGAUUGUCCCAAAGAAUUUGGAUGUUCAGUUAUUUUGAAAAGCAAUAAUGAUGCAGAGUUGCAAUCUGUGAAACGUGUACUUAUGUUCCUAAUAACUGUGAUUUACUCUAAUCGAUUGGAACAAAUUUAUUUGAACUCUUUCAACACUUCUGUUGCUCGAAGACAAUCUGAUUGUAUUGUUUGUGAAACUCGGCGAGCUAUUAUUUAUCCAAUUGAUGAAAACAAAACACCAUUUGAAAAAGCACUUGAUUCUGCAAUGUUGACUAGUUCACCGAUUAUUGAAUUCGAACCACCAUUUUUAGAAACAAUGAUAGGAAGGUUAGUUUUUUUUUAUUUUCUGUCAAGAAUCUCAUGAAAUUGCAUUUCCAGAUCUUGUCCGCUUAUAACAUAUUUCAAACAACCUUUGUAUAAAAUAAUGACUAAUGAAGAAAUUGAUCAAAGUAAUGAAACACUACUAGAAGAAGAGCCAGAAAUAAGGGUAAGUCAGAAAAGAGAAAAAAUUCAAAAUAUUAUUGUUGUUUUUCAGCCUGCUCCAGUAUUCGAAAAACAUCACGCGUUUGGUGGUGUUCACAAAGGAUCAAAGCUUGAAAUUUUGACACGAUCUUUUCGGGCAUUUUCUGGUAUCAGUUUUCGUAAAAGGACACGUCAAUCGAUUGAACACAAAAAACAAGCGCCAAAGCCGAAACAAAGGGUAUUUUUGAAAGUUUUGAAAUUAACAAAAAAAUUAUUCAGUUCCGGCCACGUGAUGUUCUUGAUCCACGAGUACAUCAAACACUUGCUGUCUUAUUUGGAUCAUUUUCUCGAAAAUCCCCAAAUGCUCCAUAUUUUUGUGUGCGACCCUGGGUUGUUAGUAUGAAAUAUUACAAUGAUCAUGAUAUGACUUUGGGUGAAUUCUUGAGCAAGUAAGAACUCGAUUCAGAACAAGUAUUUUUUCACAUUAAACUUUUUCAGAUACUGUUUUAAUAAAACAUACGAAUGUCCCUCGUCAAAUUGUGAAGUUUCAAUGUUGGAUCACUCAAGAAAACUGGUUUAUGGUAGAGUUUGUGUGGAAAUUUCAACACAAGUUAUGAACGAUGUCGAAAAUUCAAUAAACAAUGAACAACAUAAAUCAAUAAUGGCGUGGAGAAAUUGUGCAAAGUAGAAUUUAAAAAUUUAUAACUUAUUAUUGUUACAAAUUUUAUAUAUUUUCUAGGUGCAAUUGCUCUAGUCAAAUGAUCAAAUUUGAACAUGAAAUGUGGCAUUUAUCAUUUGCAAAAUUCUUGGAUUACUUGGGAAAUUCAUGUUUCACAACAGAUCGAUCAUAUCCAAUAUCUUCUCAAAAUCAAUGUGAACAUUGUUUCUUCCAUGAAAAAUUGUAUUUUUUCGCUUUUGAAAAUCUUGUGACGACGUUUAAAGUAAAUGCAGUGAGUUUUAUGUUAUUUUCAACUUCCCAAAAAUUUGUCCUAGACACCAUUACGUAAAAACCAAAGAUUUGCUUUUUCCCAAGGGCAGACAAACUUGUUUUUUAUAUUCAUUCAUAUGUAAUCAAACAAAUUUCACGCGAACUUACUUCUGAAAAUCAUUUUUUAUUCAUGAGACAUCUCGUGAGAAAAUUUAGAAAACAAAAAUCACAAAUACGGAUGUUAAUUUGCAGAUCAAACCAUAUCGAGUGCUUUUUUCGCCAAUUAUUUGUAACCUCAAAGUGAAUAAAGUGAGCAGAAAAGAACUUGGAGAUGAUAUCAAUCGAAUUGCAAAUCUUGCAUUAACAAUUUGUGAAGAAACAAAUACACAACUAGCUGAUCUUGAUGAAGAUACACAAGUUGUCCCGGCUGUUGUGAAUCUUCUAGCAGCGAUUCGAUCAACUAUGGCUCUUGCUGGGUAAAACAUAACAAAAUAUCUUUUUAUUUUCAUUGUUUUUCUAAAAUUUCAGUGAAAGUCGAGCAUUUGCCAAAAAAAUAUUAGCUGGUGGUGAAGAAUUGAUCAGAUCAAACGAUAAAUUAUAUCGAGAUGUAACCGACACUUUUAUGAGAAUUCGAGAAAUGACAUUUUCGUUGAUUAUGUUAUGGAAUGAGAAUUGUUCAUUGGUCAAAAUACAACGUCGUAACCCAGACGAUACUCAAGAAGUUGUAAUGAUGCAAAAAUUGGAGAACCCAUUUCCAGCUUACCUUCAUUUGGCUAUCAAAUUACAACCAAGAAUUGGAGUUGUUAUUCGAGAUAUUCAAGUAUGUUAAAAAUAGAUUGAGUUGUUAUUUUUAAGACCAAAGAGAUCUUAUAAAUAUUUUAUUAUAAACACAUGAAUAAAAUAACUGUUUCAGGAUAGUCGUGGUAAUUACAAACCGGAUAUUGGAAGUAUUAUUGCUUAUGCAUUAUCAGCUGCAGAUUAUACAAAAGUAAAUGAUGAUACAAUAUCAGUUGAUUCAACAUUCAAAGAUACAUCGCAAAAUGACGAAUUGACUUCUACACAACAUUUAGAAGUGGAAUUUGAAGAUGAAUCAGCAUCAUAUUAUGUGAAAUUAUUUUAUGCUGAAAAAUUCCGGAAGCUACGAGAACUUUUGAUUGCCGAAGGAGAAGAAACAUUUAUCAGAUCAUUGUCAAAUAGUACAUUUUGGACGCCACAGGGUGGAAAAUCUGGGUCAUUUUUCUAUCGUACACAGGAUGAUCGUUUUGUUGUGAAGCAAAUGUCAAGAUUUGAAAUUCAGUCGUUCGUCAAAUUUGCUCCAAACUAUUUUGAUUAUCUUACAACUUCGGCCACUGAAAAUAAAUUGACGACGUUAUGCAAAGUAAGUUAUUUCGGGAAAACGAAACAACUUCCAAAAUCUUACUUUUUAGGUUUACGGUGUGUUCCGAAUUGGAUAUAAAAGCAAAACAACAACCCUCAAAGUGGAUAUUCUUGUGAUGGAAUAUUUAUUUUAUAACCACAAUGUGAGUCAAGUUUGGGAUCUUAAAGGAUCAUUACGAAAUCGAUUGGCAUCAACUGGCAAAAGCUCUGCUGAUCUUGUAUUAUUGGAUGAGAAUUUUGUGAAAGAUCUAUGGAAUCAACAGUUAUAUGUGUUACCUCAUUCAAAAGCUGCCUUGAAUCAAGCAAUCAGUAAUGAUAGUCAUUUUCUGAGCUCACAGGUUAGUAAAACAAUAGAAGCGGAUUUCCGGGAGAUUAAAAAAUUAUCGCAUUUGUUUUCAGUCAAUCAUGGAUUAUUCACUUUUGGUUGGAGUUGACGAUGAUAAUGGAGAAUUAAUACUUGGUAUUGUGGAUUAUAUGCGGACCUAUACUUUAGAUAAGGUAUUUAAAUAGAAUAAUUAAAGAAAAGUUUGAAUAAUUGUUUUGCAGAAACUUGAAUCAUGGGUAAAAAUUGUUGCAAUACCCGGUGCACAUUUACCAACAAUUUUGAGUCCCGAAAUGUAUUGUGCUCGAUUUUCAGAAGCAAUUGAUUCAUAUUUUCCAGUUGUACCUGAUCAAUGGACGGGUCUCGGAUCAAUAAGUUCGUGUUAA